AUGCCUUUCAAACUGAGGGAGUCCUCUGAUAACUAUUAUGAAUUAGUAGUUUCACAGCCAUUAGACCGUGAGAAGGUCCCAGAAUAUGACAUCACCUUCACUGUCACAGACAGAGGCUCUCCUCCUUUAUCUGACAAUGAAACUAUGACGUUAGAGCUGCUGGAUGUUAAUGACAAUGUCCCACAGUUCCCUCAGUCAUUUUAUACCAUACGUGUGAUGGAGAAUAACGCACCUGGAGCCUUGCUCAGCUCUCUCACUGCGUUUGACCCUGACCUCCAUGAAAACCAGUAUCUGGUUUACUUCAUAUUAGAGAAGGAGAUAGCCAACACCUCCAUGUCCAUGCUGUUCUCCAUCAAUCCAGAGAAUGGGAACCUUUAUGCAUUGAAAACUUUUGAUUAUGAGAUUGAGAAGGAGUUUCUGUUCCACAUCGAGGCCAGAGACUCUGGCUCUCCUCCUCUCAGCAGCAACGUGACAGUUCACAUCAUCAUUGUGGACCAGAACGACAACGCUCCGGUCAUUGUGUCUCCGUGGAGAGCUCACGGCUCGGUGGUGGAGGAGAAGAUCCCCAGAUCCACCGAUAAAGGCUCCCUGGUUGCCAAGGUGAUAGCCUUGGACACGGACUCGGUUCACAACUCUCGGAUCACCUACCAGUUCCUGCAGGUGACUGACGCCACCUUGUUCAGUCUGGACCAAUACAACGGAGAGAUCCGGACCAUGAGGAUGUUCAGUUACAGAGAUCCACGUCACCAGAGACUGGUUGUCGUUGCCAAGGACAACGGGGAUCCUGCUCUGUCUGCUACAGUCACCAUCAAGCUGUCCACAGUGGAGACUGCAGUCAAGGCCUACUCUGACAUGACUGAGGUGCCUCUGGAAUAUGACAUCUUUUCUGACCUCAACCUGUAUUUGGUCAUCGGUCUGGGCUCCGUGUCAUUCCUGCUGCUCAUCACCAUCCUGGUCACCAUCGUGCUCAAGUGUCAGAAGCCCAAACCCAGCAAAGCUGCUCCUCCCAGCAGGAACAGUGUGAUCAGUGAGAGGAACUCCACUGUGGCAGAUUCCACUCUGGUCUCCAACGAUGCCUACUGGUACAGUCUGUUUCUAGCAGAGACCAGGAAAGGAAAGCUGGUGGUCAGACAGCCUGUGCCAAAGGGCUCCAGAUACAUCGUGUCCAGUAUACCGAGAGGGACAGGACUGACAGAGACCAGUGACUCAGCAGCUUCUACUCUGCAGGUAGGAGAAAAGUAUCUGUUUAACAUGGACUACACACUGAUUGUUCUUCCUUAAUAUUCAGUCAAGUCU